AACUUCGGACACUCGGGGCUAUGCUAUUUAAAGGAGAUCGUAUUAUUUUGCCUGUGGCAUUGAGAAGAAGAGCUAUUCAAUCUGCACAUCAGGGUCAUGUUGGUAUAGGAUCAACAAAAAGGAUUCUCCGAGAAUAUUUUUGGUGGCCAAAUAUGAGCACCGAAGCAGCUAAUUUCGUGAAACAGUGUGAAACGUGCUUAAGGCUAUCCCGCAAGAACCCACCAAUUCCACUCACAAGCAGGGAGCUCCCCAAUGGUCCGUGGGAAAUCCUGCAGUUGGACUUCUAUACCGAUAAGGAAUUUGGACAUGGUGAGUUCCUUGUCGUAGUUGACACUUACUCACGAUACUUACACGUGGUCGAAAUGAAGAAUAUAGACGCAUAUAGCACUAAUGCAGCUCUUAACAACAUUUUUGGUGUGUGGGGAUUGCCUCUAGCUAUUCAGAGUGACAAUGGUCCCCCUUUUCAGAGCACAAAUUUCAUUAAAACCUGGGAAGAUAAAGGAGUGAAGAUUAAAAAAUCAAUUCCGCUCCAUGCACAGUCGAAUGGUGCAGUUGAAUGCCAAAACAAAGGUAUUAAAGAUGCUUUGGCAGCUGCAAAACUCGACAAAAUAAAUUGGAAGACAGCAUUAGAAAGAUAUGUUUCGGUUCAUAACAAAGUGCUUCCCUUGUCCCGUUUGGGAGUAACGCCUUUUGAAUUAUUAGUGGGCUGGAAAUUUAGAGGGACAUUCCCAUGUCUAUGGGAGUCAAGCUCUGAAAAAUUAGAUCGAGGAGAAAUCAAAGAAAAAGAUGCAGACUCAAAGCUUCAGAGCAAGCAAUAUGCUGAUUUGAAACGUGGAGCCAAGGAAUCAGACAUUGCGAUUGGUGAUAGAGUCAUUAUAUCACAAUCUAAACGUUUUAAAUCAGACCCAACAUUCGGAUCCGAACGGUUUACGGUGGUUGCAAGGCAAGGAGCAAACAUUGUAGUGAGGAGUGAUAGAGGCGUUACCUAUUCGCGAAACGUGCAAGAUGCAAAGAAAGCACCGGAGGUAAAUAUUGAGCCUUCUACUGACUCAGCGGAGGAACAGGAAGAUAAGCCACCGAGACCACAAAGAUCCAGGAAAAUUCCAAACAGGUUCAACGAUAUGCACCUUUAUCGAAUUUUCCAGUGACAUCAACAUUGAGGUAACUGUUCAUCGAUUGAUAAUGCAUUUGUGUAAAAUAAAAAUAAAAAAAUACA